CAGCGUAGCAAUGAUCUGUAACAUUGUUCAAUUCAGUCCACUGCAAGCGUGCGUAAACCCCUCCCCCUCAAUGUACGGGAAUUUUUGGUGGCUCGGAUGAUGUCUCAAUUAUAUUUUCAGGGGAAACGCCUAGCUGUUGAUGGUAUCUAGGGUUUGUAACAGCUGAUUUAAGGCGACUGCGUAGAGCUGAAGAGCCGCAGCAGCCACCAUGGUCAAGACAAGAACGCCUCAACUCACUGUCAAGAGGGGAAUUAUACUGUCAACGUGAGGACAUUUUUGUAAACGCAAACUGUAUGAUCAAGCAGGACUAUCUGGAACGAUUUUCAGCUCCUGGCCUGAAAGGCAGUUGCGUUGCGCGUGCUAGCCAAACAAUAAUCAACCGAGAACACUUGUAUUCUUGUUUUGUUCGGAGAAAACCCCACAUGAUGAAAUUCAAGCCCAAUCAGACAAGGACCUAUGACGGAGAGGGAUUCAAAAAACGGGCAGCGUGUCUUUGUUUUAAGAACGACCGGGAGGACGAGGUCUUGCUUGUUAGCAGCAGUCGGCACCCAGAUCAAUGGAUCGUUCCCGGAGGAGGGAUGGAGCCAGAAGAGGAGCCCGGCGGAGCUGCGGUUCGAGAGGUCUAUGAGGAGGCUGGUGUAAGGGGCACUCUUGGCAGGCUGCUCGGGGUGUUUGAGCAGAACCAGGACAGCAAGCAUCGGACCUUUGUGUACGUGCUUACUGUAACAGAGACACUUGAAGACUGGGAGGACUCAGUCAAUAUUGGUCGGAAGCGAAAAUGGUUCAAAAUUGAUGAGGCUAUCCAAGUGCUGCAGUGCCAUAAACCUGUCCAUGCGGAGUAUCUUCACAAGCUCAGUCCUCACUGCAGCCCCACAAACGGCAACUCUCAGGAGCCAGUAAGCACAGAUGAUAAUGCCCCCCUCCACCAAACAGCCUCACUGGACUGUGGACUGGCCCGUUUACAAAGAUAGAACUGCUAACAGAAGGAACCAAUGCAGAAUAUGUUUUAGGAGGAAAACUAUCCUUGGACUGGAAAGGACAAUUUUGCAUGUAAACGUUUUUUAAUGAUUACAAUUUGAAAACUUGAAAACUUCAAAAUGUAGAAACCAAAGGCUGGCUGUGAAAUGCCUAAAACCUUCGGGUCAAUAAGAAGGAGAGCUAUUUUCCCCAUGUUUCAUUGGUAAACAAUCAUCUCAAGCCAAGCAAGAUAAAGUUAUUAGGAGUUUAAGUCGCAGAUUCAAGGAUAUGGUGGAUGUUUUGGAAAUAUUAUUUGAUAGAAGGUUUGGGGGGAUGAAGACCGUAAUGAUGGAUGUGUACAAUUGUAAUGCCAAGUUUUACAGUGGGUAAAGAAUUUGGACAUUGUUUAGAACAUAUGAUUGUGCUGACUCUUUUGAAAUGCUAACUAUUUAUAUCUAAUAGAUGGGUAUUUGCUAAAUAAAAAAUAUUUGCAACUUGAUGAACCAAAUGGGGAAAAAAAGAUCUCAUUUUCUUGAGAUAUGUUGAAAUCAUGAAUUAUAUUGUUUGUAAAUGGUUCUAAAAGAGGAUUUUGGGUGCUGGUAAUUUAUAUAGAUUCCUUCGUCACAAAUUAAUAUAGGGUUAACAUGCUGUGAAAGUCUUUUCUCAGUUUGGUCUUAAAUGUGAACUUUCCACAUUAAACAGAGCAAUCUGGUUACCCCCAUUUCUCUUUGCACUGAAAGAUUACAUUUGCCCACCAAAAUUGCAGUUUAUAUAGUCUGUAAUGUGAUGUACUAAAUAUUUUAUAAAAUGAAUAGGCAAAACUCCCAAUGUUUCUUUCUAUGUUUUAUUUAAAUGGCAACAGAAAUGCAAUUGUAUAUAUAAUUAUGAGAAGAUUUUAUACUACUAGAAUGCAAUCUUGAGGUUGUCUAAGCAAAAAUAGCUGGAGGAAUUGUAAAAGUAGACAUUUGUUUUACUCUGUUUUGUAGACAGUGAAUACUAUAUGGAAUUCGCUGAACCACAAUGGGAUAAGAUGCCAAACUGUUUUAAUAUGACUGUGUAUGGUAAAUAAGCAUAUCUUUCCUCAGAGGAAAGAUUGCAUGUCAGGUUGUAAAUAUGUUAUAAUAUUCAUAAAUUUCAGCUUCUAAGUAGUAGUUUAUUAAGUAUAAUGAGUUUCACAUGAGUUUUUAUAGACUAAGUUAAAGGAUUGCACUGCUAUGAAAAGCAAGCACCUCAGCUCUUGUUUAUGUACAAGGCUCAAUAAAACACUGUUUAAUAUGUGUAAAACAAUUUCCUAUUGUGAUUUGAAAGAAAUGACAAAAAUGCUUAUUUCUGUCCACUUUGAGAAAAUCAAAAAAAUCUGAAAAAUUAUUUCUUUUGGAAUAAACUCAUCACUGUUUCAA